AGCUGACGGGAAGUGUGUCUUCCCCGACUCUGGAACACAGACAGGAAGUGUGGCUGGCGUGUACGCUUUCGGCACGUUAGCUCGAGAGAAUUACCGUAGAGCCACUGUCUCCCAAUAGAAUUGAGGACGGUAACAGUCCUGGGUGGGAUCUUAGUCUGUGACUAAGUUUUUAGGUUUGCGAACAGAAGAGUUGAGUGUUGGGAGUAGGCCCUGGUGUUCGGAUCCCAGCGGAGGUUUCCCCGGGAAAGGGUUGCUGGGGACGCCGAGGUUUCUUGGUCAGGGCCAUGGCGGACUCGAAGCUGCUAGUGCCGGAGCUGAGCGAAGCUGAGACAGCGGGCACUGAGACGGCGCGUUUCGAGGAACUACUGCUGCAGGCCUCCAAGGAGCUCCAGCAGGCCCAAAUGAGCAGACAAGACUCAACAAAGAUCCAACCUCAGCCUGGUUUCUGUGUGAAGACCACCUCCUCUGAAGGAAAGGUUUUCAUCAACAUCUGUCACUCUCCCUCCAUCCCUCCUCCGGCCGACCUGACGGAGGAUGAGCUGCUUCAGAUGCUGGAGGAGGACCAAGCCGGCUUCCGCAUCCCCAUGAGUCUGGGAGAGCCGCACGCUGAGCUGGAUGCAAAAGGCCAGGGUUGUACCGCCUAUGAUGUGGCUGUCAACAGCGACUUCUACCGGAGGAUGCAGAAUAGCGAUUUCCUGCGGGAACUCGUCAUCACCAUAGCCAGGGAGGGCCUUGAGGACAAGUACGGCCUGCAGCUGAAUUCAGAGUGGCGUCUGUUAAAGAAUCGGCCUUUCUUGGGUUCCAUCUCACAGCAAAACAUCCGCUCCCAGCAGCGUCCUCGAAUCCAGGAGCUGGGGAACUUGGUAGCACCGGACCUCCCUGCAGCUGAGGAAGGCCCUGAGAAGCCUCACCUGAACCUCUGGCUGGAAGCCCCUGACCUUCUCCUGGCUGAAAUUGACCUGCCCAAACUGGAUGGAGCCCUGGGACUGUCACUGGAGAUUGGGGAGAACCGUCUGGUGAUGGGGGGCCCCCAGAAGCUCUACCAUCUUGAUGUCCACAUCCCCCUGCGCAUCAAUUCUGACAAGAGCAAGGCAGCCUUUCAUCGGAGGAGAAAGCAGCUGAUGGUUGCCAUGCCCCUUCUGACAGCGCCUUCCUGACCAGUCGUGUGGAGUGUGGGGGCGGUGUCUGAAAAUAAAA